UUGGGAAAGAACAAAGCCAUCUUUUCACUCGUUAUUUCCCCUCAUUUGUUGAAGCAGAUUUUGAACUUUAUUAAGGACAGCGCACAUGUCAACCGAUCAUUUACUGUAGCAAAACUUUACAAACAAAAUAAUGGAAACUGAUUAUAUAAAAUUUCUCCAUCAAUGUGUUGUAUGUGAUGAGAUUUUUCUACAAUAUGAUGAUUUAGAAAAUCACAAUAAAAUACAUGUUAAAGAAGAGAAAACUGAUGAUGUAGAUGAAUAUUGUCAUGUUAAAGAAGAGAAAACUGAUGAUGUAGAUGAAUAUUGUCAUGUUAAAGAAGAGAAAACUGAUGAUAUAGAUGAAUAUUGUCAUGUUAAAGAAGAGAAAACUGAUGAUAUAGAUGAAUAUUGUCAUGUUAAAGAAGAGAAAACUGAUGAUAUAGUUGGAUAUUGGGAUGUUAAAGAAGGGAAAACUGAUGAUGUACAUGAAUUUUGUCAUGUUGAAGAAGAGAAAACUGAUGAUAUUGAAACAGUUUAUCAGUGUAAUUUAUGUGAUGAAGAAUUUAAAUUAGAAACAGAGUUAGAAAAACACUGUGAAAUACAUGUUAGUCAGCAAGGGCAAACAGGAGAUAAACGAUAUAAAUGUGAUGUUUGUAGUAAAUCUUUCACUGCCAAUGAUACUCUACAGAAACACAUGAGAAUUCAUACCGGAGAAACACCUUAUAAAUGUGAUGUUUGUGGUAAAUCAUUUAGUCAGAGUGGAUCUCUACAGAGACACCUGAAAACUCAUUCCGGAGUAAAACCUUAUAAGUGUGAUGUUUGUGGUAAAUCAUUUAGUCAGAGUGGAUCUCUACAGAGACACAUGAAAACUCAUUCCGGAGUAAAACUAUAUAAAUGUGAUGUUUGUGGUAAAUCAUUUCGUCAGACUGGUCAUCUACAGAACCAUAUUCGAAUUCACGCUGUAGAAAAACCUUAUAAAUGUGAUGUUUGUGGUAAAUCAUUCACUCAGAAUAUUAAUCUACAGUCACACAUGAAAACUCAUUCCAGAGGAAAACCUUAUAAAUGUGAUAUUUCUGGUAAAUCAUUUGGUCAGAGUGGAACUCUAAGGGAUCACAUGAAAACUCAUUCUAGAGGAAAACCUUAUAAAUGUGAUGUUUGUGGUAAAUCAUUUUGUAAGAAAUAUGAUCUAAAGAUUCAUAUCAGAAUUCAUACUGGUGAAAAACCUUAUAAAUGUGAUGUUUGUAGUAAAUCAUUCCCCACCAAUGGUAAUCUACAGACACACAUGAGAAUACAUACUGGAACAAAACCUUAUAAAUGUGAUGUUUGUGGUAAAUCAUUUAGUCAGAGAGGAACUCUACAGACACACAUGAAAACUCAUUUCGGAAAAAAAUCUUAUAAUUGCUCGCCGAUGUUUUUAUAAUAAAGUAGCCUCAUAUUAUUUGUUGAUUGGCGUUUAAACAACAUUUAAUUGACUUGAUAUGAAAUCUGAAUAUAAAUUAUUCAAUGGAUAAACGUUUGUGAUAGGAUAUGGUUAUAAUGUCUAUCAUCGUUUAUAACAUUUUUAUAAUAAAGGUAUUUUACAAUUACAUUGACAGUUUAAUAACUCACCGAACGACAUCAGGAACUCCCACGUAUGAUCAAGUGUAUUUGAUAUUCAUGUCCAUGAAUCCCGUGCAAUUUUCGCGUCAAAGUUUAACCACAUUGUAAUAAGAUUCCCAGCGUUGAUUGGAUGCAUAGUCAUCGGAAAAUUCCAUAUUCGCUUUGAAUUUCAAAUGGAGUUACGAUAAAAGUUGUUCUUUAUGUAUAGAAAUGGUUAUUAUUACAUGUAUAUAUAGCUAAUAAUGAAUAUAUCGACAAAUGACUGGCACCAUUUGUAUUUCUAUACUUAAGUUUGGGAUAUCAAGUACUACAGGGUUAUCCAAAUUACCGAUAAAUGUGCUAAUUUCUCGAGUCGUCUUCAUUUGACACGUGGCCUAUUUAAACAAAGGCAGCUUAAAUGUGUCUACGGCAUGAUACAGCAUAUUAAAUUCACUCUAAAAUAUUCCAAUCACAAAUGUCUAAUCUAUAACAAUGUAAGACAAUAAUUCGGUGAUUAUGAUUAGGCCAGUCAUGUGGUAAUUGGACCGUCAAUAGAAGCUUGUCAACUGGUGGUAUGUAUGAUAGUGCCAGUCCUUCAUGUUUAUAAAAUGGUGCGGGAGCCAUAAAAAGCUCCUGAUACCUUGAAUAUAUGCAGUUUAUAAGUAAACAAAAACUGAAAGUAGUUUAUUAAUCUCAAUAUUUGGGAGAGGGAUUUAGCUAAUUUGCAGGAGUCUUUAAUGACUCCUUCGAAGGAAAGCGAAAGCUCCCCUUAAACGUGAAGGACUGUAGUGCUAUAUUGUACACACAGUGAGAUAUUGUAUAGAUAAUGUAUAUCCUAUGUGUAGUGCCUGUGACGUCACCAGCCAAUCAACCGGAUUAAGGUCGUAAUUGAAAAAUUGAAAAGCGUUUUGGCGUGUCGGAUACUUAAAUGUUAACAGCGGACUUAAUUUUAAUCAGAUUG